UCAACAUGGCGGCUGUGGUACUGGGGGUGACUACGGUGACGGUCUGGCCCGGGGCGGGCAGAGUUGGAGGUGGUAGUGUUCGCUCUUCCUAGGGGCCGUCAGGAGCUCAGCAGGGACCGAGCCAGGGAGGCCGGUCGGCGGCAGCACCUUUCGGCUUCUGGCAUGGCGGCUGCAGCAUUCAGGUUCUAAAUGGCUUCUAAGAAGUUGGGUGCAGAUUCUCAUGGGACUUUCAGUUACCUUGAUGAUGUCCCAUUUAAGAUAGGAGACAAAUUCAAAACACCAGCUAAAGUUGGUCUUCCUAUUGGCUUCUCCUUGCCAGAUUGUUUGCAGGUUGUCAGAGAAGUACAGUAUGACUUCUCCUUGGAAAAGAAAACCAUUGAGUGGGCUGAAGAUCUUAAGAAGAUCCAAGAAGCCCAGUGGGAAGCAGAGUGCAAGGCUGAGGAAGCAGAAGCUAAAGUGAAUUCUAAGAGUGGCCCAGAGGGUGACAGCAAGAUGAGCUUUUCCAAGACGCACAGUGCAGCCACCAUGCCGCCUCCUAUGAACCCCAUCCUCGCCAGCUUACAGCACAACAGCAUCCUCACCCCGACUCGCGUCAGCAGCAGUGCCCCGAAACAGAAAGUUCUCAGCACGCCCCACACAAAGGCAGACUUCAAUCCUGCUGACUUUGAGUGUGAAGAAGACCCGUUUGAUAAUCUGGAGUUAAAAACUAUUGAUGAGAAGGAAGAGCUGAGAAACAUUCUGGUGGGAACCAGUGGACCCAUUAUGGCCCAGUUAUUGGACAGUAACUUGCCUCGAGGCGGCUCUGGGUCUGUGCUACAGGAGGAGGAGGUCCUGGCCUCCCUGGAGCGGGCCACCCUAGAUUUCAAGCCUCUUCACAAACCCAAUGGCUUUGUAACCUUACCACAGCUGGGCAACUGUGAAAAGAUGUCGCUGUCUUCCAAAGUGUCCCUCCCCCCCAUUCCUGCAGUGAGCAAUAUCAAGUCCUUGUCCUUCCCCAAACUUGACUCUGAUGACAGCAGUCAGAAGACACGCAAGAUAGCAAGCACUUUCCAUAGCACAUCCUGCCUCUGCAGUGGCACGUUCUGGAAUUUCCUAAAGCCUUCCACCCAAAGCAGUGCCAGUGAGCUCAAUGGGCAUCCUACCCUUGGGCUUUCAGCUUUGAACUUGGACAGUGGCACAGAGAUGCCAACCCUGACCCCUCCCCAGACGCCUUCCCUGUCUGUCUUGUCUGUGUGCACAGAAGAAUCAGCACCUCCAAAUACACGUCCCACGGUCACACCUCCUAAUCUCUCAGUGUCACAAGUGCCCAACACUCCCAGCUGUCCCCAGGCUUACUCUGAACUGCAGGCGCUGUCCCCCAGCGAGCGGCACUGUGUGGAGACAGUGGUCAGCAUGGGCUACUCAUACGAGUGUGUCUUGAGAGCCAUGAAGAAGAAAGGAGAGAAUAUUGAGCAGAUUCUCAACUAUCUUUUUGCACAUGGACAGCUCUGUGAGAAGGGCUUUGACCCUCUUUUGCUGGAAGAGGCUCUGGAAAUGCAGCAGUGUUCAGAGGAAAAGAUGAUGGAGUUUCUUCAGUUAAUGAGCAAAUUUAAGGAAAUGGGCUUUGAACUGAAAGAUAUUAAGGAAGUUCUGCUAUUACACAACAACGACCAGGACAAUGCUCUGGAAGACCUCAUGGCUCGGGCGGGAGCCAGCUGAGAUGAGGCCCUGCCUAGGCCCUGCCACAGAACCACCCCUGCAGGAGGCCCUGAGGAGCCCACCUGUGGGGAAGGAGAAGGGGCACACUUCCGGAUUUUCUUUU